UCCUAGCAACCGAGACACAUCCAGAAGUCGGUUUGUGGCUUAAACGAACGAAUAACCGCAGUCUGGCCUUUAAAAACAGUUUCAAAUUCAGGUUACUCAUAAACUUUAUAAGCCGCAGUUAUUAAUAUUGACCGGAUUAGUGCCAAACAGUUAAAUGUUACAGGUGUUUGUCUAAUUUAAUGCUGGGAAGCGAGAGGAGAUGGACGAAGCGUCACCUCCUCGUAUUUAUGUGGAAAGAACACUGGCCAUUAUUAAACCAGAUGCCAUUGACAAAGCUGAGGAGAUAGAGAAUAUUAUCCUCAAGUCGGGCUUUACCAUUCUGCAGAAGCGGAAGCUGCAGCUAAGUCCAGAGCAAUGCAGUGACUUCUACGCAGACCAAUAUGGAAAGUAUUUCUUUCCCAGCUUGACGGCCUUCAUGAGCUCUGGCCCAGUCGUUGCCUUGAUGCUGGCACGCGACAACGCUAUCGCCCACUGGAAGUCCAUCAUAGGUCCUGCCAACAGCACCAAGGCCAGAGAAACUCAUCCUGAGUGCCUUAGAGCAAAAUACGGCACUUCGGAGCUACAAAACGCCCUCCACGGCAGCGAGUCAUUUCAAGCAGCUGUGAGGGAGAUCAAAUUCAUGUUCCCAACCUCUAUAAUUGAGCCCUUACCAUCAAGAGAAGAAAAUGAAGAAUACCUGAGCAGGUAUAUAAACCCAGUUCUGCUACGCGGACUCACUGAACUCUGCAUGAACAAGCCGCUCAACCCCUGUAUUUGGCUCGCAGACUGGCUCAUCAAAAACAACCCAGAUCAACCUCAGAUAUGUGAUGCAGUCAUUACGGAAGAAGAACAAUGAGAGAGAAACGGGGGAAAUGGAGAGGAAAAAUAUAUAAUGUUUUUUCUUUUUGGCUGAUAAAUCUGUUCGAGGCUAUAAUAGAUUAAAUCAUAAUUUCAGCACUUGUUUUGUUUGCUU